UUAUGCAGACUGGCCUGGAAAAAAAUCUGUUCGGAAAUCAUCCUGUUUCAUUGCCUGCAGCUGAGUCCCGUGUUCCUCCUCCUGCUUUUACUUCAGAUCCGCUAGUCUCAGUAACUGGGGGCAAAGAGAAAAAUAAUCUGAAUUCCUUGGAUCCCUCAAGCAACCCAAGCAUGUCAAAUAUUUCUGAUGAUAUUGUGGAGAUAGAAGGUCCGAGUUCAGUGGGAAGUCAAUUCAAAUCUGAUCAUGAGUCCAACUUCAUAAAAAUUCCAAGCCCUGCUGGUCCUGUAGCUACAACGAGAAAGGGUGCUUACAAUGUUGACAGGCAAAAUUCAGAAAUUUCAUACUUUGCUGAUGAUGAAGACGGUAACCAGAAGAAAUACUCGAGAAGAGGUACUUUCCGUCACAAGUUUCUUAGAGCAUUGCUACCUUUUUGGUCUAGAGCACUACCUAGCCUGCCAGUAACUGCACCCCCACGUAAAGAUAUGUCAAAUUCAGACGAUGUUCCAGAAGGUCGUUCGCGUCACCAAAGACCUUCAAGGAUGGAUCCAAGAAAAAUCCUCCUCGUCAUGGCAAUCAUGGCAUGUAUGGCGACAAUGGGCAUAUUGUAUUACAGAUUGGCGCAACGUAGUCUUGGUGAAAGCCUGCCUGAUGACGAGCAGUAAUGAUUAUUGUUUAAGCUUGUGUCGUUCAGGUUGAUGAAAUCCUUUUUCUUGUGCUCCUGGUUAUCGAAUUUUUUGAUGAAAUACUGUUCAGCUAUAUCCUUUUGCGAUGCUGAAUAUCCACAAUGUUGCAAUCAUCACAAAAGCUCCUCUUGGCCAUCAUUCUCCAUGUUUCUUAUGUGCUACUACUGUUGUAGUUAAUUAAAGAAAUGGUUUGAUGGAA